ACAUUCACUUCUCCUCCGUCAGUCGUCCCACGGUUCCCUCUCCGACCAGGCCAACUGCAUCCUCUUCUCCCUCUCUCCUCUGAGGAUCGACCACCCACAACCACACCCACUUGUGAGGACAGCCACUCGCUCAGGCGGAAGGGACCCCGUUGGCGCACUCAAACCGAGAAGACACAACAGCAGCAGCCUUUAUUCGAGACAACUUAAAAAGUUUCUGAGAUUGAGACGACCUUAUUCUUUAUUACUCGCUGGAAUAAUAGACUGGACUAUAUUUCCAAGAAGUGAGCGUGCGUGAACCAGUCUCAAUAUGUUGACGAGAAGUAACGUUCAUGGGGUUGGUUCCACAUCCCAACAUUUCGAGUCGAGAUCCACAUCGUCCUCUCGCAAAUCCUUGCCUCCCAUUCUCACAAGGAGUCGGAAGAGAAAGUCCACGGCACUCCAGGAUGGGGAAAUGAUGUCCAGAAUCAACAAUACUUCGUCGUCCUCGUCAUCCCACUCUCAACCCCGGUCGUCCCGACACUCUAUCUCUGCAGGAGAGCUGCGAGAAAUCCAGUUUACCAAUAUUUAUCCGUCUACAUCAACUAUUAGUGAAACUGCCAUAAUUGACAGGAAAAUUAUAGCUCGAAGAAGAUCCAGAACCUCCACACCGAGUGAUGUUAGUGCAACAAGUGUGAAAAGUUACAGAAGGAAGCUGGUUGAGCAUGAUUAUGACACCCGGUCCACAACUUCGUCCUCGUCAAUGUUCUCCUCGACAAGCAGUCAUCAAACAUCAUCAACAAACUCACAUUCGACACGAAGAUCGUCUCGAAGGUCUCAGUCAGAUGAGGAGUCUGUGAUAAGUGAGUUCAACAGUAGCAGCAUUGUGACGGCCCAUGGCGGUUUAGGAAUUGAGGACGUGACCCCACAGUCCAAGUAUGGACUCCGAUCUGUAAAGGAUGAGUCCCAGGAUUGCUCACGAACAUGCUCCCUCCCUCCCGUUUGUUUCGCCAAUUGUGAUGAGAUUUGGGAUCUAAUGUGCAAAAUGGACUUGAAGUACCAACGUAACCCGGAUUUAUUUAAGGACCACCCAAUUCUGGGACCUCAGAUGAGAGCAAUUCUCCUAGAUUGGAUUAUGGAUGUGUGUGAAGCGUACAAAAUGCACAGAGAAACUUUAUAUCUCGCAAUUGAUUAUUUAGAUCGUUAUCUUGCUGUUCAAAAAAAUGUUCCAAAGGCCCAUCUUCAACUAAUCGGAAUAACAUGUUUAUUUGUGGCUGCCAAGCUUGAAGAAAUCUAUCCCCCCAAAUUAAAGACGUUUGCCUACGUGACGGAUGGAGCUUGUAGUGAAGCAGAAAUUCUAGACAUGGAACUUGUUCUUAUGAAAACAUUGAAAUGGAAACUAACUCCCAUCACGCCUGCCACAUGGAUCAACAUAUACCUCCAAAUUUUAGCCUAUCGCAACGGAGCCAUUAUUUGUACCCGAUCUGGAGCGGAUUUUAUUCGGUCAUCCAUCCGCGAUACGAACAAGCCAUCCGAUGCUAGACUGAUCAAACACCUAUACGAUAGGAUAGACUAUGUCAGAAUUAUUCGCCUUGUCGACCUCUCAAUAUUGGAUGCCCAAUCACUCAACUUUACGUACUCCUUGUUGUCAGCCGCAGCAAUUUUUCAUACCAAAGGACGAGCCGCCGCAUUAUCGGCUUCCGGGUUUAGCUGGGAUCAAAUUGCAACAUGCGUUAACUGGAUGGCUCCGGCAGCUACGGUUCUGCGACGCCACGAAAUCCCCCCAGUGCUCCCUGCAAUUGAUGAAGUUAGCGAUGAAAGUCGCCAUCUCAUUCAGUCCCACUGUGUCACCCUCGAAAUGCUGAAUGACGCUGAAGCCCUUGCAACGAGUAAAAUAUGCAGUCCCCUCAACACCAACUCUGAAGGUGGUCUCUUGACCCCACCACAUAGUGGAGAAAAGUCCGGAUUCCCAAGAAGAGCGAAGCAAAGUCAAUCUCCCAGAUAUUAACAUAAUAUGUAUACCGUGUUUUAGAUUAAGUUUUAUUUAUUAAUGAUUUUUGUGUUGUGUCGUGCUUGCAAGUGCAAAAUGGUGUAUUUUAUGAAAUAUUGGAACGCCAUCGGAAUGGCCUGGAAUGGCAUUGUAUCUGUAUAAUUAUAAAUCAUAUAUGUUGCUCUAAGUACUUUCUAAGACUAAAUAAUUGAACUGAAUUUAUUUAUGCAAUUUAAUAAGUUAUUUAGAAUAUUCUUUGUAUGCAGUCCUACUUAUAUUUGCCGACUGACACUACGUACGAUGUACGAGAUAAGAUUUGAAUGCAAUUAAAAGAAAAUAAAAGUCUCAUAACGUGUUUUAAUUUUA